AUGCAAAUGAUGGGAUUGGAGCGCGGUGAGAAUCAAAUUGCUAACCAUCUCAAUGGACAAGUGAAACGAAGAAAGAUUAACAAACUGGAUAAGGAAAGGUUGGUAUCUAAUCUUGUUGCCACCUGUGACUACAAUGCUAUGAAAAACGCGGACAUAGUGAUUGAGGCUGUCUUUGAAGAUUUGGAAUUGAAGCACAAGGUUAUUAAGCAAAUUGAGGGGAUCGUUAGAAAGGACACGAUCAUCGCAUCAAACACGUCUGCUUUACCUAUCAAAGAGAUUGCAAAAGCUUCUUCACAUCCAGAUAAAGUCAUUGGCAUGCACUACUUCUCUCCCGUAGAAAAAAUGCAACUUUUGGAAAUUAUCGUUCAUGAUGGCACGUCAAAGGAAACCUUGGCCACUGCUGCUCAACUUGGAUUGAAACAAGGCAAAACUGUAGUAGUUGUUAAGGAUUGUCCUGGAUUCUUUGUCGUACGUUGCUUGGGACCCAUGAUGUCCGAGGUAGUACGACUCUUGCAAGAAGGUGUUUCACCUCAAGAAUUGGAUAAACUCACCAAACAAUUUGGUUUUCCUGUUGGAGCUGCCACAUUAGCUGACGAGGUUGGUGUUGAUGUCUACGGUCAUGUAGCAGUAUUCCUUGGUAAGGCUUUGGGACCGAGAGUACAUGGUGGAUCGGUUGAGCUGCUUGAAGAGAUGGCUGGAGCUGGAUUUAAAGGAAGAAAAACUGGCAAA